ACCUUAAAGCAUGACAUCAUCUCCCCAGUCUGCGUGGGGUUGGCGUUCACUGAAACCGACCCUGAAUUCACUGGUAGCAGGCGUCCGCAUUUCGUCAUUGUUUUGUUUUGCUUCAAUCUAUUCGAAGCCGCAUGGAAACACCGGGAAUAAAGGAUGUUUCGCCACGCUGCGACGUUUAGUCGUUGUCAUCUGCGAGAAGAAGACGAGUUUCUGAAUGAACAACCGGUGUUCAUUUACCCGCCCGAGCCUUUGGCACUCGAACGCACCACUCGCUGUGGCUACCACCGGGAAAAUGCGUUAAAUUAAAUAGAAACGUUAGUCGUCUGCUGUCCCGUGUUGCUCGUACAAGCCGCUUCUUAUGGCUUUUACCAGCAGGACGACAUAAGGAGCCUCAUCACGUCACAUCCCGGUUAGACAUGGCAGUCAGCACAACGGAGCCCCUCUGUCUUCCCUGCGUCUAUCAUGAAGAUUUUAAAGUGGAGCUGCAGGUGAGGCGACCUCUGAUGCCUGUUCGACUGAGUCCUGAGCAGGUGGGGCUGGAGAUGCUGUGUCUCUGUGGGCAACUGGACCUCCUCAUCAGGGCGCAGAUGCAACAGUUCCAGGAGCAGUUAGGUCAAGGCUGCAGCCCAGAAGAGUCGGACACCUUUCAGACCCAAGGAUCAGAGAUUCUUGACCAAAUGCUGCAGUGCCUUGAACAUCUACCAAAGCCUAUGCCACAGCUAGAGGACUAUCUGGACAUGGUGGGUCUGUCUGCCAUGUUUCCUCGUGUCGAGGUCUUCCUUAUUCAAGGCAGCCCUGUUGAUAUGCUGGACCGGCCGCUGAUGGAUGAAUACUUCUUCCACGUCGCCAAACUGAACCAGCUGCUGGUGCUGAGUCAGCAGCUGGAGCAGGACAUCAGGCACCUGGGUAGUCAUAAAUACAUAGCCCACCAGCUCUCAGUUAUCUAUCAAGUCAUCAGCUCUUUCAGGGGAAUCCAGGUCUUUUCAGAAAUAAAGAAGGACAUUGAGACCAACUUCAAACAGAUGAAGCAGUCUCUGGUGGCAGAGGAAGGCUGCAGGCAUGAGCCUCAGCUGGCAGMUCAUUACAUCAGCUGGAUAUUGGAAAUAACGAAAGGCCUGACGUCGCUGGUUCUGUCGCUGCCAGAGGAGCUGACAGAGGACCUUCAUCAGGCCUUCACCUUUGUGUCUCAGUUCUUGUCCUAGAAGCAGUCACCCCCGCAAACAUCCCGGUAACUCCAGUAAGGAUCCGGCUACUAACUGAACUGAACCACAACUGACUUUUAAAAAGGUGCUAUGCCAUUUGAUUCAACUGAACAACGAAGAGCUGGACARCCUAGCUUACUUGGAGAUAUUGUAGAGUUUUUUUGUUAUUUUGUCGUUCUCGUGUUGGGGACUGAAUGUCAAGCUUGAUGAAGCCACCCUUGCACUACUGUAAUUACCAACUUAAUUUUUUUUAAAUACCAUGGAAGAAUAAAAUUCAUUAAAAUGAA